AUGGCAAGUCUUGCAGAGAAGGAGAAAGAGCUUUUGGACUUCUUCAGUUAUUACAUACAAAUGGAAGAGGCUCAUCUACAGAACCUGAGAAGUGUUCUUCUGUACCUUAAAUUUCUGUAUUAUUCCGAGCAAAACGAUCCAGUGAUGAGUAACCCUGUGGCAUCUUACAAGCUAAUCAGGAGACUGAGAAAAGAAUGGUUUACUAUCAGUGAAUACACUCAACAGAGCCUUUAUCAGGAUUAUCAGGACAUGUUAUCUGAGGAUGUCCACCACAUCCCUGACCAGGAGGAUGUAGAUGGUGCCGCCCUUGGGAUAAUCAGACUGCAGGACAUGUACAAGCUCUACCCCAAGGAUAUAACUAAAGAUCCACAGACAGAAAUACUUUUAAAGCCAGAUGAAAGCUUCCAUCUGGGGAAGGUGGCGUACGACCAAGACCAGUUCCAGCAUGCUUUCCUGUGGUUCUUGUACACACUGUCUAAUAUAAACGCAGACCAGGAGGCCACUGUGACAAAGCUCAGCGUUCUCCAAUACCUCGCCUCAUCAGCCUUCCACUUUGGAGAUCUAACCAUCGCCAUAUACUUCACUCAGACCCUUGUACAUCUAGAUCCCACAAAUAUGGAUGCUAGAUUGGACCUGGCCAUUUACAAGGGCAGACAUUUCACUCAGACCUCAAAUCCUAAUGUUCUCAGACUCAACAGCACCUCAGGCAGCAUCUAUGAAGCUCUUUGCAGGGGGCAGACUGACCCUGAGAUGUCCAGGAGGUCGAGGCCACUGAGCUGCAGCUACCGUAUGGGUGGUGGUGACACCAGACUCACCUAUGCCCCUGUAAAGGUGGAGGAGGAGUGGGACGAGCCUUCCAUCAUUAGAUACCAUGACAUCCUAUCAGAGAGUGAGAUGGAGAUUCUGAAGAUCCUCUCAAGGCCUCUGUUUGAAAGUGCUUGGCUUGAUGAUUAUGAUCCUGUUGUCUCUCGGGUCACUCAGAGACUCGCCUACAUAACAGGCUUGAACAUGGAGUCAUCAGAGACACUGCAGGUCCUGAAUUAUGGGAUUGGUGGUCAGUUUGAACCUCAUUACGACACUGGGCUGAGUGAUGUCGGAGGGGGAGGGGCCACAGUGUUUCCAGAAAUAGGUGUAUCCCUAAAGCCUGUGAAGGGUUCUGCUGUGCUGUGGUACAAUCUGCUACAGAAUGGUGAACUCAGUGAGCUUAGCCUGCAUGCUUCAUGCCCUGUCUUACAGGGAAGCAAAUGGGUUGCCGUCAAGUGGGUUCAUGAACGAGGACAGGAGUUCAGGAGACCGUGUUCAUUGUCUAAGACAGAAUGA